AUGAGAAGGCUAUCUCCACAGGAAAUAAAAGACAAUUCUAUUAAGAGCAAUUACAUUCCUCACCAUGGUAUAUGGCAGCGAAACGAUGACAGCAAAAAACUUAGAGUCGUCUUCAAUGCAUCUCGCCCGACAUCAUCAGGUCACAGUCUCAACGACGCCCUCUACGCUGGACCAAAACUGCAGAGUGAUAUAGCCACCGUCGUUACACAUUGGAGGCAGUACAAAGUCGCGUACUGCGCUGACAUCAAGAUGAUGUUCAGACAAAUCCGAAUCAGACCAGAGGACACUCAUCUCCAAAGAAUCAUCUGGAGUCCAGAUCCCGAUCAACCCGAAGAACACUUCGCUCUACUUACCGUUACUUACGGAGAAGCCAGCCGACGUGCGAUGGCAGCGACGGUGUAUUCUUGCACUAACAACUCUGCUCACCUAUUGGCAGCCAAAACCAAGCUGUCACCGAUUAAAAGCCUGAUCCCCACGACCAAACCCAACGCGAGAAUGACGAUUCCACGAUUAGAACUCCGAGCGGCUCUUCUAGGAGCAAAAUUAAUCCAACUACAAGCCGAAGCACUUGGCGUUAAGUUGCACGACUGUUUCGCAUGGAGUGACUCGCAAGUGGUUAUAAGCUGGCUUAAUUCAAUUCAACCAAUGGGAAAUGAAUUGGUGGACAAUUAUAUCGUCCACAUUCAGGAACUGCUACCAGGCGUCAAAUGGCGAUACGUACCGUCAGAAACCAAUCCAGCAGAUCUUGCCACGAGAGGUACCGACAUCGAAGGUCUAGCUAGCAAUCGACUCUGGUGGCAGGGUCCCUCCUGGCUCCAACAAAACCAAGAAGAGUGGCCUCAAGAAAUCUCGACUAGCUCUGCUAACGUCCCAAACAACGAAACCCUGCCCUCUCUCCAUUGCCUCGCAACUCAAGCGACCGAGACAAUAUUCGACCGAUUCUCCUCCCUUAUAAAACUUCAGAGAGCCUUAGUUCGAUGCCGAAGAAUAUUCCAAUCCCCAAAUACCCAGGUCAACUCGAUCCCUCCGCUCGCACCUACAACUACUGAGGAAAUGAAACGGGAAUUUCUUACAUGUGUUAAGAUGUCACAAGAACAAGACUUUUGGCACGAGAUUCAACUCUUGGGACAAGGUAAAUUUGUUCCGGUUGGGAGUGCCAUAGCUCGAUUAAAGCCGUUUCUAGAUGAACAGACCAUCCUAAGGGUCGGUGGAAGACUUGAAAAUUCAUCCCUUAACGAUGAGGAAAAACACCCCCCCCCCUUCUAUCCAGCCACAGUCAUCUAG